AUGUCAAGUUUACAACAAUUCUUGCGUUCAUGGAUUUGGGAGUUUGUGUUCUGGGAAUGUGGAAGAGGGAUAGUCGGGCUUCGUGUCUGUGUCUAUGUGCGCACUCAAUGUGGCUUGUCUGCUCUAGAUAGGCGAGUCACUAUUAGAGUAAAGAUGGUUUCAAACUCAAAGCUCCAGAAGAUACAAGUUGACAGAUUGAGUGCAUUGCCAGAUGAAAUUCUUAUUUAUAUACUUUCUUUUUCUGAUACAAAAUGUGCUGUGAGGACCAGCAUACUUUCAAAAAGAUGGAAGAACAUAUGGGCAAAUGUUCCCUAUCUUGACUUGGAUGAUGAAUAUAGGAACGAUGAGCUUGGUUUUAAGGCAUUUGUUGAUCGUGUUCUCACCCUCCAUGAGUUGACAAACAUUAACAAGUUCAGCCUUCGUUGUUGCUUCGAUGAUUUCUCUGGCGUUCAGAGAUGGAUACGGACUGCGCUCCAGCGUAAUGUCAUUGAAGUUGAUCUUUCUAUUGUAUCAGAGAAUGAUGAGAGUUUUGAACUGCCCGAAACUAUCUACACAUGCAAAACACUGAAGGCUUUGACUCUAAGGUCUAACUUUAUUAUCAAGGGAUCCCUUGCAUAUCAAUUCUCGUUUAUGAGAUUCCUACCUAUUGCAAAUCUUUUCCCGAGCCUGAAGUUCCUCUAUGUCCAGUUCUUUCACCCGGACGCCGACUCGAUGAGGAAUCUUAUUUCAUGGUUCCCUGUGCUUGAAGACCUGACUAUUGAUGGAACAAUAGGAGAUGAUGAACUUAACUUGGACAUUAAUGUGCCAAAGCUGAAGACAUUAACAAUAAGUUUGUGCACUGAAGUGGAAGAUGAGGCUGAGGAUGAAGCUGGUGAAGCGGAAGUCGCUGAAGGUGAAGGCAAUGAAGCUGAUGAAAAUGAAGAUCAUAAUGUGUGCCGUUUCUAUGUCAAAGCUCCAAACCUAGAAACCCUAAACUUUAAGGUGGAUGUUCUAGCAAAUUGUGAACUCAAAUAUGGAAAAUUACUAGCCAAAGCUGAUAUCGAUCUCUAUGAUCAUUCUGCAAGUGAGCACCCUUCAGUUGCUACACGCGCAUCAACCCUUCUGGAAUCAGUUUCAAAUGUGCAGUAUCUUUCUCUUUCAGCUCAUUGUUUGGAAAUUUCUUCUCUGCCUUCUUUUAAUAAAUUGAAGGAGCUGAAACUGGUUUUUCAAGAUUGCCAUCGCUUGGAAACACUGUUACUAGAGAUACUAGAGAGAUCACCAAAUUUGGAAUCUCUUGUUCUAGAUCGUGAGGUUGAAAGCUGUCAAUGUACUGCUCAAGAUUUCUCGGAGAAUCCAUCAGGAACUCUACAAGCUGUGCCCCUCUGCUUAAUGUCAAACCUGAAGACCGUUUCCAUAAUGAGAUUUAUAGGACGACAGGAAGAGAUGGAAAUUGUGAAGUACUUGUUGAAGACGAGUCAAGUACUGAAAAAGAUGACUGUCUCGAUGUUGAGGACUAACUGUGAAGAUGCAAAAAAUUUGCAAAGGGAUUUGCGCAUGUUUCCAAUAGGCUCAAAGGCUUGUGAGGUUGAGUUUAUGUAA